CCCACAGGAGCGUCUGACUGCAUCACCAUUGCCAACUGCACCACCAACGAAACCAUGUGCAAGACUACACUCUACUCCCGGGAGAUAGGACCUGCCAGCUCCAGGACCGUCUGCCCUGGCCCCAUCACAUCUGGCCCCGAAAUUGGAGGAAUGAUGAGACAUCUUGCCAGACAUCCUCUUUUUCUCCCCCACUCCUGACCUCCCCCAGGCCACCCACUGUGACCUUCCAGAACAGGAUGAGCACCUGCCGCACUUCCUCAGGGAGCAGGGCCCAGCCCAUGACAGGGCAGAGAUGUCUGGAUCUCAAAUGCAGAUAAGAGAGCCAGGACAAUGAUGGGACCUAGAACUAGCCUUCAAGGGGGGCAAAGUACCCACUGGACCUCAGCCACCACCUCCCAUAUCUCAGCUGGAAGGGAGACGGAUGGAUGAAUGGGUGGGUGGAUGGUGGAUGGAUGGGGGAUGGAUGGAUGAAUGGGUGGGUGGAUGGUGGAUGGAUGGGGUAUGGAUGGAUGAAUGGGUGGGUGGAUGGUGGAUGAAUGGGGGAUGGAUGGAUGAAUGGGUGGGUGGAUGGUGGAUGGUGGAUGAAUGGGUGGGUGGAUGGUGGAUAGAUGGAUAAAUGGGUGGGUGGAUGGUGGAUGGACAGGUGAAUGGAUGGAUGGGUGGGUGGGUGGAUGGUGGAUGGAUGGAUGAAUGGGUGGGUGGAUGGAUGGGGGAUGGAUGGAUGGGUGGGUGGGUGGAUGGAUGGGAGAUGGUGGAUGAAUCGGUGGGUGGAUGGUGGAUGGAUGGGGGAUGGCAGAUGAAUGGAUGGGUGGAUGGACAGGUGAGUGGAUGGAUGGGGGAUGGUGGAUGAAUGGGUGGGUGGAUGGUGGAUGGAUGGAUGGAUGAAUGGGUGGGUGGAUGGGUGGAUGGUUGGGGGAUGGAUGGAUGAAUGGGUAGGUGGAUGGAUGGGGGAUGGCGGAUGAAUGGAUGGAUGGAUGGACAGGUGAGUGGAUGGAUGGGGGAUGGUGGAUGAAUGGGUAAGUGGAUGGACAGGUGAGUGGAUGGAAGGGUGGGUGGGGGACAAACGGGGAAUCGAUGCAGGGAUGCGUGGGUGGGUAGAUGGAUGGUGGGAUGGAUGGAUCCCCGACCCCACUGCCAGGACAUCUUCCUCUUCCUCACCCCUGUGCCCACUGUCAUCACGCCAUCUAAACCACCAGCCAGUGUCCCUGGGUAGCUAGCGCAGCCACCUCCAUCUCCUUGCCUCUCCCUCGCUACCCUAGCCCAUCGCUAAAUCAGCAGCCAGACCUGACAGCUCACUCAGUAUCUAUCUACGCAAAAAACCUCUUGAUCCUCCAAGGAUCUUGACUAGCUGACAGACUCACCUGUGAGGUAUGAUUGGCUCUGCAGCCUGGACACAGGGUCAGAACCCAGGUAGGGGGGGGCUUCAAAUUGGCAAGUCUGAGUUCCUAUGGAGGAAGGCCUGAGACAGGUCUGUCCUGAGACAGUAGGGCAGGUGCUGCUCUGGGGAGUAAGACUCCCAUUCCUGGGGGUGUCGAAACCUGUGCUAAGUUCUGUCAGCGGCUAUAAGAGCAUUUGUACCCUGGGGAGAGGUCAGCCUGAGUGCCCACAAAUAUCUGUCCUGGGUGACCUUGGAAGAAACAUUAAUCCUCUCUUUAACUACCCAUCCACCCAUUAGCUCCACCCACCCGUCCGUCCAUCCAUCCAUCCAUCCAUCCUCCAGCAAAUGCUGCCCACAAUCAGCAUGGCCAGACCCAGGCUAUGGGAGAAUUCUUAGAGGGAUGGAAAGGUGUUCUUCUACUUGAGGAGCUGACAGUCCAGCAGUCCCUCAGGCAGCCCAGACAGGGGCUUUUUGACUGCAUGCUGAAGGCAGUGGAAAGACAGGGAGUGUUUCUGGGAAGAGCAGUGCCAUGGGCCAGUUGGCAUUUUUGCUGGUCUGAGUGCAGGGUGGUGAGUGCAGCCAAGGAGGAAGGGCCGGGCCCCUGGGAAAGAGAGUGGGCGGACCCGGCCGGCAGCUGGAGCUUGGUGUGAACUGGCUCAGUCUACCAUGGAUGAGAACUCUGGGGUUUGGGGAAUUGAGCUGCCCUCAGAAAACCUGGUCUCCUGGUUCCACAUGUGGGGAAAGGUGUGGAUUCAUGGAGAGGCAGGAGGAGGGAGGGCAGUCGCCUAACCAGGGCAUAAAUUCUCCCUGCCUGAGUUGUGUCUGACACAGUGCUGCUUCUCCACCUGCCAGUCAGGUGCUGGGCUCAGGGACCGGUCAAGCUAGUGCCUACUCUUCCCACACAGCAGAAAGGCUCUUGUGCCCCUCUGCUGGCUGCUACUCCCAUGCAGAGCACCCUCUGAGGGCUUCUCUUUUAAAGCCCAUGCAAGCCUCAGCUGAGGGCAGUGUCCCUGGCCUCAGCAACCACCACCUCUGCCCCAAGAACACCUGCACUGUGACGGACACAGAGCUGAGCUGAAGGCGUGAUGGAGACCCAUCCUUUGUCAAAUGCUUGCUAGUUUU